AUGAGAUCCACCAGCGUUUCUGCGCUUGCUGCUCUGGCCCUGGCGGGCGGUUCAGUUGCAAACGAGCUUCGUCCGCGGUACUACUUCCCCAGGGAGAUCCGGCGGCCCAUUUACACCAACUCGAGUCUGGAGUCCCGACAAACGACCGAGCUGCCAAGCUCGUCUGCCGACCUGUUGGGCUCUCUGGGAGCAUUGCUGAGCGGCCUCACGGGCCCGGAACCGUCAACUCCACCUCCCUCUGUUCCCCCGGCUCCCCCGAGCUCUAACCAGCCCGGUGUGGUCGUGGUUCCUGUCACCAUUGCGGUCCUGCCCGAUGGCCAAACGACCACCGUCACCGGUUCCGCCUCUACUAGCGGUACUGCGACUGCUCAAUCGGUAGUUGCGACUUCGGUGGUGCCAACUACGUCCAUUGCUGCUCCCGUGCCAACAACGUCCCCAGCUCAGCCUGCUCCAUCUGGCACGACCGCAGCUGAGGCUGCUCCCUCUGGAACGACCGCGAAUGCCACGACUUCUGCAGGUCUUCUUGGAGGCUUGGGAAAUGAUGUGUCCAGCUUGCUCGACCCUAGCCAACCCGGCUCCACUGGUGGCCUUCCGGCAACCAUCGUCCAGCCUACGACCCCGUCCGCGAGCCCACAGAUCCCUGCUACUACUACUGGGACUCCGGAAGUUGGUACGACUGGCGGUAUUCCGGCAAGCAUUGUCCAACCGACAACUUCUCCGUCCAGCGCCUCGAGCAGCCCCGGCCUGGAUCUCUCAGGCGUUCUGUCCGGCGUUGGCGGUGCUCUGGUAGGCUCGACUGGGUUGGUUCCUCUUCAGCAGGGUUCGACGCCGACUCCCUCUCCGUCUGGCGGUAUCACGGUUGGCGUUUCGAGCGUGAUCUCCCCUUCGCCCACGACAGGUGCGACUCCUUCGCCUUCGAGCGGUCAGGAUCUUCUGUCAACGCUUCUUCCUGGCAUUCUUGGCGACGGCAACUCCACGGCCUCUUCGGGCCCGAUUACUAUUCCCGUUGUUGUUCCGACGCCCAAGCCUAACGCGUCGCCGUCCAGCCCUGCUGUCAGUCCUGGUGUCACUCCAUCGGGCGGUCUGUCUCCCGUCGGUAGUCCGUCUCCAAGCGGCUCUCCCAGUCCUACUCCAGUCUCCCCUGGCUCGACACCUGGCUCUACUCCUGGCUCGACACCCAGCCCUACGCCUGGUGUGUCUUCCGGUGCAGCUACCCCAAGCCAGACGAGCUCGCCAACGACUGUCAGUCCCACAGAGUCGAAGACCACUCAUCAUGAGGUGUCCCCCACUCCGACUCACGAGAAAACCACUGCCAGCCAUACCACCACCACCACCAGCAGCAGCAGCACCAGCACCGCUCAGCCCUCGCAGUCUGACACGUCGACCUAUAUUCCGCCUCCCAGCAUCAUUAUCCAGCCGACGACCACUGCGUCUGCGACGACGACUCAGCCUACGGUGAGCUUCACGGAAAUCCCCCAGGUUAUCGCUCCUGCUGGUGGAAUCCCGGCGGCUCCCCAGAACUCGACCCUGAUUCAACUUGGUUUCAACCAUCUCCUUCCGUACCAAUUCGUUGCUACGAUGGCCAGCUCGAGCUCCCAGAUCCUCUACUACACGCCGUUGGGUCUGGAAUACGCUCUGCAGAUUCCCGGCUCGCAGGUCGUCCCGUACCUGAUCCGCCCGUAUGACACCUCGAAGACUCUGGGUUACGUGACGACUCUUAUUCAGCUCUACAUUCCUUCGGACCAGGUCGAUCCUCUGGCCCUUCAGCUUCAUGCGCCGGAAUCCCGACUGUUCCAGCAGCAGGACCCCUCCAUCAAGACUCUGUUCUCCAUGCUCAACCCGGAGAUCCCGCUGGUCGUUGGUGAAGGUGGCGCUGGACUUACCGGGGCUAGCGGCGACAGCAGCGCUGCUGGAGCGUCGAGCAGUGAUGGCGCUGAUGGUGACGGAUCUGACAGCAACGCCAACGAUGCCGCCGGCGCCGGCAGCAGCGGUGGCACUGUGCGUGGUAGCUCCGUUGGCAUCGGUGUUGGUGUGGUUGCUGGUGCUGCCGCGUACGGUGCGGGUAUGUUCUACGUUGCCCGUCGGUACCGGAAGCGACGCCAGAUGCACCAGCGGACGAGCUCUCUCCCAGGCCAGCAGAUGGGCGAGACCUCUGGCGGGUCGAUUUUCCGCGCCAUUUCGCCGUACAGUGGCCGCAACAGCCGUCACAGUGGCCGAAGCAACCGCACGCAGAUGAUCAGUGCACCAGUGAUGGCCGAAAACUCUCUUGGUUGGAACUAA